AUGUACAACAAGACAGAACACGAUCUGCAGAAGUACUUGAGUGAUCGGGCAUGGGGGCUGACACACAUGACUCUCUCCAGCUCGGUGCACUUCAACAAGAUAAUCCAGGGAAAGGGGAAAAUUACCGUUGAUGGACAGUCUCUUGACAUUGAAUCGGUGUUUGCAGUCGCCAGGUGCCACGCCGAGCCGUCUCUAACAGAUGACCAGAAAGUCCUAGCUCGCGUCCACCAGAGCAUUGACUUCUUGACCCAAGUGCUCAAGGCUGGCCAUACCGUCUAUGGGGUCACAACGGGAUUUGGUGGCAGUGCCAACACUCGCACAUCUGACUAUGAGACUCUGCAAAAAGCCCUCAUUCAGCACCACAACAGCGCCGUGGCAUUCCCUUAUCCGGGCAUUCAAUUGUCUGGCCAUGAAAACACAACACUAAAUGACUUGAAAAGUCAUAUUAUGCCAAUAUCUACCGUCCGCGCAGCAAUGCUGACUCGAUGCAAUUCCCUCUUGCGCGGUCACUCGUCAGUCCGGAUUGAGGUUAUCGAGACCAUUAUUGCCCUUUUGGCCAAGAAUAUGACCCCAAUUGUCCCUCUUCGUGGCAGCAUCUCUGCUUCCGGUGACCUUACGCCAUUGGCAUAUAUUGCUGGUGCGCUAGAGGGAAACCCUGACAUAUUAAUCCAGCGUCCGACGGCCAGCGGUUAUGAAAAAGUUCCGUCAAACAAAGCAUUGAACGAAGCAGGACUCAAAAGCUUCACCUUUGGACCUAAAGAAGGACUAGGAUUGCUAAACGGAACAGCCUUCAGCUCUGGCUCUGCCAGUCUGGUGAUGUUCGAGGCAAACCAGCUGAUCCUGCUUUCCCAAGUCUUGACAGCCAUGGGAACCGAAGCAAUGAUGGGUAACCGCCGCAACUACCAUCCUUUUAUUUCCGAAGUUCGCCCUCACAACGGCCAGAGCGAGGCUGCUGCCAACAUCUUCGCCCAUCUAGAAGGAUCAAAGCUAGCAAUUGACGAAGGACCUGGCGGAGAAGCCAAACUCGCUCAAGACCGGUAUGCCUGGCGCACCGCACCACAGUGGAUUGGCCCCCAACUAGAGGAUAUGAAAUUGGCCACUGAGCAAUUGCAAACCGAGCUCAAUUCCACAACGGAUAACCCCAUUGUCGAUCCCUCUAACAAGGAAAUCUACCAUGGUGGAAACUUCCAGGCUGUCUCUGUCACAUCAGCUAUGGAAAAGACCAUGUCUGCCAUGCAGAUGCUUGGAAAGAUGCUCUUUGCUCAGUGCUCUGAAUUGAUCAAUCCCAUGCUAAGCAAUGGAUUACCGCCAAACCUAUGUUUCGAUGACCCCGACGUCUCGUUUGCCUUCAAGGGAAUUGACAUAAACAUGGCUGCGUACAUGUCUGAGCUGGCAUAUCUCGCCCACCCUGUGAGCAACUAUGUUCAAAGUGCCGAGAUGCACAAUCAGGGUCUCAACUCUCUGGCUUUCAUCGCUAGUCGCUACGCGGGCGAUACCGUCGAGCUACUUUCUCUCAUGACUGCCACAUAUCUCUACGUGGUCUGUCAAGCUCUUGAUCUCCGUGCAUUGCAUCUAGAAUUCAUCAAUACGGCCCGCCCACAGGUUGACUGGAUCACAAAGGAGUUGAUCAGCCAUGAGAACCAGGAGCUAUCGAUUGAACCCGUGCAGAAGGGUGUGUGGAAUAUCCUGAUGGACCAAUGGGCACAGAAGAGUUCUCAGAAUCUCCCCGAGCGUAGCUCCACCACUGUGUCUUCAUCACUCGGACAAAUCCUGCAGCUCGGUGGUGUGGACGGCCUGAAGGUCAGUCCCCACCAGUGGAUGAAGCAAAUGGAUGAUGUCCUGGUUCAGUCCUAUACAGCCACAGUGAAACAAUUCUUGACCAAGACCACGACGAAAGAAUAUCUUGGUACCUCUUCAAAGAUCCUUUAUGGGUUUGUUCGAGAGACAUUGCUUGUCCCCAUGCACCGUGGGGUCAUCGAUCACCCUACCUUUGACUCUGGCGAGCCGGCUUCUGGGAAGAAGACUAUUGGGUCGAAUAUUGCUCAGAUAUAUGCUGCUUUGCGUAGUGGGAGGUUUAUGGAAGUUUUGUUGAGAUGCCAUGGGGUUGUUCAUAACUAA